CGGCGCCCACAAGAAGGGGCGUGAGGUGGGAGGAGCCAUGUUGUAGGCGGUGGGGCCUCCUCGCCGGGAGCGGCUUGUUGAGGGCGGGGGAGCCGGUGAGGACGGGGACGGCUCAAGGUCGCACAGGUGGGAGCCCGGCCCUGGCGGGAAGGACGUGAGGAACAGGCCUCAAGGCUGGCGCUGGCCCCGCCGAUCCCGGGUGAGGCCCUGCUGCUCGUCCCGCAUCCUGCCCAGCUCGGAGCGAGCGCCGUCCCACAGACGGGCCGUGGGACACAGGCUCCACGUUGUGAAAGAGACUUAAGGACUUCAAGAUGACGGGAAGAGAGUUUCUUGAACUAGAUUCUCUGCAGCACAGACUAUAUUUGGAAAGAUUUAAGCAGAUGGAAGUCAUACACAAGAUACUCAGUGAGCUUCCUAAAGCAGAUCAGAACCUUUGUAAUCAUGGAGCGUACUUCCUCGCAGCAAAUUCAAGCUUAUGCGGCUUAGCAGCAAAUAACUUCUUCAGGAACAUCCUACACGUCAGAAAGGCUUCCUUGGUGUCUGCUUUGCCGAUGGCUGUUAUUCCGUUUCUGUCAACGGCAGUGGUUUAUGAAGUUUUUGUGCGUCAGCCUUUAUUCUCAGGGGAGCUGAACUGUGAGGUCUGUGCCGUGGUCAGAGGAGGAUUGAUAGGAGCUGUUGUGGGUGGUUUCUAUCCCAUUUUCCUGGCUCUCCCCGUGAACGCAAGCCUCGCGGCCAGGUAUUCCUCAUCGCCAUUGCCAGGGAAAGAAAACCUGAUACGCUUCUGGCUCACAACUGCUCAGCCUGUCUUUAGAAAGAUGAGUUUGGGUAUACUUGUACAGCUUCUAACUGGAUUAUAUCUUGCCACUAAACAUCACGGAAUAUACCUCAAAGUACUGCAGCGGAUGAACACCAGGGGGGAUCCUGAAGAGUUACAAGACUGAAGUUAACCAACUUUUUGAUCACCUUGGCUAAGUGACCAGAAUAAACAAAGGAAGAAGUUG